AUGGCGUCCUUCCAGAUCCCAUUGUCUUCGGCUCCAAGAUUUCCCGAUAUACCACCAAUAUCGCAUUGCCAUCGAAUUUGGGAUACAAGAGCAGCACAAUUUACCCCAUGUGCUCUGCCUUUUGUUGCAACUAUACCAGCUAUACUCGCGGCAUUAGUACUGCUCAAGUACUCGCUACGGGUCAUCGAUGGGUAUUGGCCAAGAUGGACGAAACCUUUUGUACACGAGGCAAAGGAGAAGUCGAGUGAGGCAGAAACACCUUCGACACGUCGGCCUGUGAUUGGGACAUUUUCCCUCUUGGCCCUAGCUACGAUCGGCCUGACAUUCCAAAUCCUCAAUGUCUUCUUUCCCAGCCGUCAACCAACAGCUAUAUAUCCAGCUAUCGCAUGGGCCAUUACAGUGGCGAUUAUCCUCGUAGAGCGUCCAAGAAAAGCUUCUUUGCCACUGUUGCUUCUGUUCACGGGUCUCUUACUGGAACAGCUGGUCGCACUGUCCCAUAGGUCAUCUAAAUUCCUAGCUAAGGAUGUUCCCUGGGUCGUCGCGCCUGCGGCCGCUAUAUUGGGCAUCAUUACGAUACUCAACAUGCCUCUUAGAGAUCCUGCAUUACCAAGAGAAGAUAUCUGCCCUGCCUUUGACACCCCAACAGUGCAACUUCGGACUCCUGAAGACAACUUGACUCCCUGGCAGUACAUGACGGUGUCUUGGAUGGAACCGCUGAUCAAAAAAGGUGUGACACGCCAAAUGGAAGACGAGGACAUCUGGGACUUGGGUUGGGAGUUCAAGCAUGCUCGGCUCCACGAGGCAUUCCGAAAGCUCCAAGGUUCGGUGACGAAAAGAAUCUUUGUCGCGAAUGGUAUGGACUUAGUACGCACCACUGUCUUGAACGUGAUACGAUUGUGUGCGACUCUACUCACGCCGGUACUCUUGCAGCGAGUUCUCGCUUCCUUGGAGGACAAAAACAACAGCGCUACGAUUACCUACGCCUGUGUCAUCCUGGGGUUGCGUCUGAUAUCUGCUCAGUUGAACACCUUCAACCUAUGGUACCAGAGACGAGCGUACGAGAGAUGUAGAGGUGAGCUCAUCACGAUGCUUUAUGAGAAGACACUCCAUCGCAAGAUCUUGGGUGCCAAACAGGAAGUCAAACAAGACCAAACCAAUGGUCACAGUAACCAUGAGGCACGCGCAACGAACGGCGUGAAUGGUGGUGAUAUUGACGCAACGAUCAAAGCAAGUCCCAAAAGUUGGUUAGGACGUCUGAACAUGUCCGUCCGAUCAGUCUUUACGAAGAGCGUCCAAGCGCAGGUCAAAGAUGACAAAGACGCCGCAUCAAUGGGAAAGAUCCUCAAUCUGAUGCGCAAUGAUGCGUACGAGAUAGCACAACGCUUCUGGGAGUUUUCCGAUAUCGUUACUAAGCCUGCCGGUGCCAUCUUUGCGACUAUACUGAUUUGGCGCAUGCUGGGUUGGGCAUGCCUGCUCGGUGUUGUGGCACUAGCAGCUUCACAGCUACUCAAUAUCGUCAUUGCUCGCUUUCAGGUCCACUUCGAGAAGAAACGCAGAGUGGCAACGGACGAGAAAUUGCAACGUACGAGCCAAUUUAUAGAGUCUAUUCGUCACUUGCGCUGGUACGGCUGGGAAGGCGCAUGGCUGGAUGGGAUACUGGAGUCUCGUCAAAAAGAGUUGCAUCUUCGCAUCAUCAACAUCAUCUUUUCGACAUCCCUCUCUUUCAUUCUACGAUUUGGUUCUGGGCUGUUUCCUGCGGUUGCUUUCUACGCCUUCACCAAGUUGGCCGGCCAAAACUUGCGCAUUGAUCUAAUAUUUCCUGCGUUUGAUCUGUUUAACCUGCUGGAAUCGUACCUUCGAGCAUUGCCGCAACUCGUCACUACUUGUCUCAAUGCAUACGUCGCGAUGGGCCGUAUUGAGGAGUUCAUGGCUGAACCAGAUAAAGAAGAGACGGAUGUCGUGCCAGAAGGAUCUGCUGAUCUCGGUCUCCAUCAUGCAUCUUUUGCCUGGCCUGGAGUAGAUCAUAACGUCCUCGAAGACAUCACGUUGUCUUUCCCUGCUGGGGUCACGGUGAUAUACGGCGAGGUUGCCGCCGGUAAGACAGCGCUGCUGCAAGCUCUUCUGGGCGAGCUUGAUACAACAGCCGGUGAGCUUGUGCGCCCUGAUCAGGUAGUUGCGUACUGCGCGCAGACCCCGUGGCUUCAAAGCAUGAGUAUUCGCGACAACAUACUCUUCUCGUACCCCUAUGAAGAGAGCCGCUACAAACAGACCUUGGAAGCAUGUGCAUUGUUACCCGACAUGACUGAGCUCAAGCAUGGAGACUUGUCAAAUAUUGGAGAGAACGGCAUUGGCUUGUCUGGAGGCCAGAAAGCUCGCGUGGCGCUGGCGCGAGCUGUCUAUAGCCGCGCAAAAGUGCUGCUGCUUGACGAUCCGUUGUCAGCUCUAGACCACCAGACAGCCGAGUUCAUCGUCGCCAAAUUGUUAGCUGGACCAUUGCUCGAAGGUAGAACAACCGUCCUUGCUACACAUCGAACAGAAAUAUGCCAUGGCAUUGCGAAGCAAUGGGUUCACCUAGAGCAGGGCAGAGCUACGAUCCACGAACCAAGUCAAGUUGAAGAUGCGAACGCACUGAAGCGCACUCAGACGAACGAAACCGAGGCAGAGGAGGACGCAAAGAAGCGAGAGGAAGAACAAGCAGCGGCUGUACCCGACAAGUUCAUCGAAGAUGAACAUCGCGCAAAGGGAGGUGUCAAAUGGAGUGUCUAUUGGCGCUACAUCCGAGCAGGUACUCUCCGAUGGUGGUCUGUCGCUAUAUUCGUCAUGGCGUUGUUCCGUUUGCUUGACGUUGCGCAGACCUGGUUUAUCAAGUCCUGGGCUGAAAGCUACGAGCCGGGCAAACACAAGGGUAUCUUUGACUUCCUACCACCACCAGCGGAAGAUGUGGUUCCUUGGCUUUGGACUUUUUUCCUGUUCAUCACGGCGACCGCGGUACUCUUUUGGUGGACGAAUCUGAUCAUGUUCGGCGUGGGCUACCACGCUGCCAAGACCAUAUUCAGGGAAACUGUUGAGCGCGUUGCCCAUGCCACGUUCAGAUUCUACGACGUAACACCAGUAGGGCGAUUGAUGAACCGAUUGACUAGUGACAUGAACACCAUUGAUGGCGAACUAAGCAACGCCUUUAUUGUGUUUGCAUGGCAGGCCAUAGGCUGGAUGAGCGCCGUCGUCAUCAUUUUGUCUUCGACCCCAACUUUCCUGGCUUUUGGCCUGCUGCUUGGUUGUGGGUUCGUCUAUUACUUCUUCCGCUUCCUGCCAACGUCACAGAGUUUGAGACGACUUGAGAUGGUAUCGCUAUCACCACUCAUGAGUAACUUUGGUGCGCUCCUCGAAGGCCUUACCACCGUUCGAGCUUUCAGUGCACAACGGAGAUUUCAAGCUCGUGUUAUUGAGGUCGUCGACAACUUCCAGAAGAACGAUCAUUUCUACUGGUCGCUCCAAGCGUGGCUUGCGCUUCGGUUCAGUGUUAUGUCGGCUAGUGCUACGUUCGUUAUGACACUCAUCGCCGUGUAUACACAUAUAACCCCCGGACUCACUGCGUUUGUGCUCAUCACCGCGGGCAAAUUCGUUGUUCACACAGAGUGGAUGUGUAGGAUCUACGGAACACUGGAGAUGGACUUUACCAGUGUUGAGCGUGUGGUUGAGCUGCUCGACAUCGAGACGGAAGCACCCGGCGUUGUCAAGCCGCCAGCACACUGGCCUACAUACAGUGGCGACAUUGAGUUUGACGAUGUGACGAUCCGUUACGCAGAGAACCUUGAACCUGCGCUUCAAAACAUUACCCUGAAGAUUCCAGCAGGUUCCAACACAGCCGUCAUUGGGCGCACGGGUUCUGGGAAGUCGACUCUGGCCCUCUCCCUCCUUGCCACCAUUGCGGCGGAGAACGGGCAGAUCUUGAUUGAUGGGAUCGACAUAUCUACUGUGGAUAAACAGGCUCUCCGCAGCCGUGUUACGUUCCUCGCCCAAGAGCCUGUCCUCUUUCCAGGAACCAUGCGCAAGAACUUGGACCCUCUGUCUGUCUACUCGGACGCUUCUUGUCUAUCAGUGCUGCAAAAGAUCGGUGGCGACCAGUACGACUGGACUCUUACGACGCCUAUUGAGGGCGGCGGCAAGGGCCUUUCGCAGGGCCAACGACAGCUUGUCGGAUUAGCUAGAGCCAUGUUGCGGAGGAGUCCAAUACUGAUCAUGGAUGAAGCGACGGCUAGUAUUGAUUUCGAGACGGCACAGAGGAUUCAAAGCGUACUGCGGGAGGAGAUGAAGAGUAGUACGGUGGUGACGAUCGCACAUCGAUUGGAGGCAGUCAAGGAGGCGGACUAUUGUGUGGUGCUUGGGAAAGGCAAGCUGAUCAAAGCAGGUAAAGCCCAAGACAUGCUUAGAGAAGGCGGCGAAUUUCAGGGCAUGUUGGCCUAG